AUGGGCUGUAGUGGGUCCAAGGCGGACGACUUGCCUCUGGUGGUCCGCUGCCGUGAGCGGAGGGAACUCAUUAGAGCCGCCGCCGACCACCGCUUUACCCUGGCGGCGGCCCAUGUUUCAUACUUCAAGUUCCUCAAGGAAGUAGGCGAUGCACUCAAGAAAUUCGUGGAUGAGGAGCUAAUUACUGCCUCCCCUUCUUCCUCCUCUCUGUCCUCGCCUUCCUUGGUUCUUCCGCCGUUGGAGAAAUCCAGGAAAAUUAACCACGAGGGUUCUUCUCAUAAUUCAGGAAAAUCGAGUUCUAAUGGUGGGUCUGUUUUACAUGGCCAUGGUGAUGAGGAUGAUGAGUCUCAUAUACAUUUGUCAGAUUCGGAUGAGGAUGACGAUGAUGAUGAGGAAGAUGAUUGGAAUCAUCACCAUCAUCGUAUACAUACACAUACAAACAAGGAUGAUGAGGAUAAAAAUAAUUUUCAUCGUGUUGAACAAGGGGAUUCAUCUCAUAAUCCGCAGGGUGGAUAUAAUGGGCAUGGGUACGGAUACGGUCAUGAGAUGAUGAAUAAUGGGUAUUCGUACCCACUACCGUCUAAUUCAUAUGGCCAGCCUUAUUCUUCGUCUUAUUUUCCGAUGGAACAACCGAUGGGUCAGUACUUAUGGAGUCCACCGAGAAUGCCACAGCCACAGCCAAUGCCGGGAUAUUAUUCCAGUAAUUCGAAUGUGUAUUACAUGAGGAGGUCAGCUCCGGAGAUGAAAACAGUGGUUCAGGAGGCGGCAUCACCCCAGCAGCCGAGUAAUGGGUACUUGAAUUCAUAUUGGAACUAUCCGGCCCCUUAUGGAAAUGGUGGUGUGAAAGUGAGUCCUCCGAAAGAGCCACCGCCUCCACCAUCGCCCAAGGCCACGGCAUGGGAUUUCUUUAACCUGUUUGACGGGCACGAUGACGGGUACCAGGGUUAUUAUUCAACUGGUGGAUAUGGGUAUGGAUCAAUUUCUAGCAGCCCGGAUUCAAAUGAAGUGAGAGAGAGGGAGGGUAUUCCUGAUUUGGAGGAAGAAACAGAAAAUGAGGUCUAUAGAGAGGUUCAAAAGGGGAAAAGAGUGAGUGCAGAAAUGAGAAAGAAUUCGAAACCAAGCACUCCUAGUUCUAGAUCAGUGCCACUGCAUAAAAAUAGUGAGGGUAGUUCAAAAUCAGGGCCAAUGCAUAAAAGUGAGGGCAGCUCCAGAUCAGGGGCACUGCAUAUGAAUAGUGAGGAUAGUUUUAGAUCAGUGCCUUCAUGGAGUAGUGAGGAAAGUGCUAAACGAUCAGUGCCAUCGGAAUAUACUAAGAGGACACUUGUGGAAGAUCCGUCGCCCAAAAGUGAUGCUACCGGGUCGAUUAGUUUGACGGAUGAGAAAAGCAGUUCAGAAAGUCUCGUGUCAAAGAGUGUAGACGAGGGUUCUGUGAAGAAGAAAAGGGUGAGUUUUGAGGUGGAUGAGACACCAAAACAUGAAGCUGAUUCCUCCAAGUUGAGUAGCUUAGCUGCAUUGUCUCGUCAUGGUACUCGAGAUAUUCGUGAGGUUGUGGCUGAAAUCAGGGAUGACUUCCAGAUUGCCUCUAGCUAUGGGAAAGAAGUGGCAAGGAUGCUUGAAGUUGGGAAGGUGCCUUAUCAUCCCGGCUUUCUGAAAGUAAUUCUUUCCAGGAUUUUGCACCCUAUUGCUCCGUCCUUGUUGUCAUCAAAUCCUCCAUCAAUGCAUUCAAUAAACUUAGCUUCUAGAACAUCGAAGUUGGCGAAGUCUUAUUUCGGGGAUGUUGAGAUGGACACAAACUCCCAAGUAUGUAACCUUUCCUCCACACUGGACAAGCUGUAUGCAUGGGAAGAAAAACUGUACAAGGAAGUAAAGGAAGAAGAAAAACUGCGCGUGAUGUAUGAAAAGCAAUGCAAGAGAUUAAAAGGUUUAGAUGAGAAAGGAGCUGAUUCUGGUAAGAUUGAAGCUACUCAAGCUGCGAUCAGAAGAUCACUAACUAGGCUCAAGGUUAGCAUUAAAGCAAUUGAUGCAAUUUCGAGCAGGAUACAUGAGUUGAGGGAUAAAGAGUUGCAACCCCAAAUUACUGAAUUAAUUCAUGGGCUGAUUAGAAUGUGGAAGUCGAUGCUCAGGUGUCAUCAGAAGCAGUUUCAAGCUAUCAUGGAGAGUAAAUUACGGAGGCUCAGAGCCAAUACUGGUUUCCGAACAGAUUCAAAUUUAAGAGCCACCGCUGAACUUGAGAUGGAGCUUCGAGAAUGGUGUGAGCGCUUUAAUGAUUGGAUUGGCACUCAAAAGUCUUAUGUUGAAUCCUUAAACGGCUGGCUUCUGCGGUGUCUUCAAUAUGAGCCCGAAGAGACCCCUGAUGGCCCGGUUCCCUAUUCCCCAGGUCGGCUUGGAGCUCCUCCCAUUUUUGUAAUUUGUAAUGAUUGGAACCAAGCCAUGGAAGCCAUAUCUGAGGUGCGGGUGGCAAAUACGAUGAAUACGUUCGCUUCAAGCUUGCGACAACUAUGGGAAAAACAAAACGAAGAGCAGCGUCAAAGGCUCAAAGCAGAUUUUGUUUCGAAGGAUUUUGAGAAACAACUUAGAACACACAGGACAGAGAGGGGACGAAUGGAGCUUGAACACCACACGAAAUCAGACAAAACAAGUUUGUCUAUGGUUCCAUCAGAAAAUGGAGUUUUGCCAUCGGAUGAUCUGAAGGUUGAUUUAGAUUCUAUGAGGCAACGAGUGGCUGAUGAGAGAAUAAAGCACAAGGAUGCUAUCAAAUUGGUGCAUGAUGCGGCUUCUAGCAGUUUACAAGGAGGUUUGGUUCCUAUCUUUAAGGCUUUGGAGAAUUUCACUUCUGAGGCUUUGAAAGCACAUGAACAUGUUAGGUUACAACCUACAGGUCGGAGUUCAUAG